GGGGCAGGUGAGCAGCUCACUCGCCUGCUCACCCAGGUUUGACUUGUUCUUUUAUCAGUGCAUUGUGGCAUGCAGAUACACAGCAGCAGCAGAGGCUCCCAGAUUUUAUGAUCUUUUAACAGCACAGCAGCAGUCAGCUGGAGACUGGGAUGAUCCUGCAACAGAUGGCAGAGUGACCACACAACAAAUGGCUUCCACAGGAAAUGGCCUCCGUAGUCAGGGGGAUGAUAACCUCCAGGCCAUGCUGGUAGGGGCGAUGAUGAGGAAAAUUAAGUCUCGUAACUGGAAGAAGCAGCGAUAUUUCAAGCUGGAGGAUGACUUCAUGACCAUCUGGUACCAGUCUAAGAAGGCUGGCAAUGUCCGCUCCACAUUUUCUGUGAAUGAUGUGGAAGCAGUUCGAGAGGGGCACCAGAGUGAGGUGCUACUCAGUAUUGCAGAUGAGUUCCCACCUGACAGAUGCUUCACAUUGGUCUUUCGCGGUCGCAGAGGCAAUUUGGACCUGGUGGCCGAGUCAGCUGAGGAAGCACAGUCCUGGAUAUGGGGCAUGAGAAAACUGAUUGAGAAUGUGGAAAACAUGGGUGAGAGGGAGAAACUCGAUCAAUGGAUUGGUGAAUGGUUCAAAAAGGCAGACAAGAACAAUGAUGGCAGGAUGAACUUUAAGGAAGUGCAAGACCUGCUGAAGAUGAUGAAUGUGGACAUGAAUGAACAUCAUGCUCACCACCUUUUUACAAUGGCUGAUAAGUCCCAAUCAGGUACCCUGGAGAAUGAUGAGUUUGUGCUCUUCUACAAAAUGUUGACUCAGCGAGAGGAUGUACUGAAGGUAUUUCAGGAAUACUCUGAUGGUCAGAAGCUAUCCCAAAGCAACCUGGAGGACUUCCUUAGAGAGGAACAGCUUGAGGGGGGUGAUAUCCAACUGCAUGCUAAGCAGCUCAUUGAGUGCUAUGAACCCUCAGACAAAGCCAAGCGCAUGAAUGCCAUGACAUUUGAUGGCUUUUUGAUGUACCUCGGCUCAGCUGAAGGCUCCAUUUUUAACCCACAGCGGAGGGGGAUCUUUCAGGACAUGACUCAGCCACUCUGUCAUUAUUUCAUCUCAUCAUCCCACAACACCUACCUGAUGGAGGACCAGCUCAGAGGACAAAGCAGUGUGGAGGGAUACAUCAGGGCUCUGAAUCGUGGCUGCCGAUGUGUGGAAGUAGACUGCUGGGAUGGUGCCAAUGGAGAGCCCAUUGUAUAUCAUGGACACACUUUCACCUCCAAGAUACUUUUCAAGGAUGUGGUUAGCGCAGUGGGAAACUAUGCCUUCAAGGUAUCACAAUAUCCAGUCAUCCUGUCCAUUGAGAACCACUGCAGUGUUGAACAACAGAGAGUUAUGGCACAUCAUCUAAACCACAUUCUUGGUGACAGGUUGUUGAAAACUAUACUGGAUGGCAAGACCCCCAUCAGACUGCCCUCUCCUGAGGAUCUUAAGGGGAAGAUUCUUGUGAAGGCGAAAAAAGAUGGUGGUUUAGAGCAGAGUUUAACUGGGGUGGUGGAAGAUUCUCUGAAUGGGGAGGUCAGCGAUGAAGAUGAGGCAGCUGAAAUUGAUGAAAAUCACCCACACCAUGAGAGUAUCCAUCGCAGACUCAAGAAGUCAAAGCAACGCCUCUCUAAGGAGCUGUCAGACUGUGUUGUUUACUGCAAAAGUGUCCAUUUCACUAGCUUCAAACACUCACGUAUUCACUCCAAGUUCUAUGAGGUGGCUUCUUUCACCGAGUCUAAAGCCCGGAAACACCUUAGAGAAGCCGGGGCUGAAUUUGUGCACCAUAACUCACGGCAGCUGAGCAGAGUUUAUCCCAGUGGUUUUCGAACAGACUCUUCCAAUUUUAAUCCUCAGGAAAUGUGGAAUGCUGGUUGCCAAAUUGUUGCUUUAAACUUCCAGACAGCAGGGGAGGGGAUGGAUGUGAACGAUGGACUUUUUAGUCAGAACGGCUGCUGUGGCUAUGUGUUGAAGCCCAGCUUCAUGAGAGAAGCGGACAUAAGGUUUGACCCUGAGAUGCCUCAAAAACGGGAUGACUACCAUCCUGUUGUCCUCACCAUACAGGUGAUCAGUGGUCAGCAGUUACCCAAAGUCAACAUCAAAGAAGAUUCUAUAGUGGAUCCUCUGGUCAGAGUGGAGGUCCAUGGAGUUCCUAUGGACCAGGCCAAGCAAGAGACGAGAUAUAUUGAGAACAACGGGUUUAACCCCAUGUGGUAUGACACUCUGCAUUUCACCAUUCACACACCUGAGCUGGCCAUGGUGCGCUUUGUAGUGGAAGACUAUGACAAGACAUCUAAGAAUGACUUUGUGGGCCAGUAUACACUCCCUCUGAGCUGCAUGCAGCAAGGUUAUCGUCACAUUCACCUUUUAUCCAAAGAUGGAACCAGUAUACCUCCCUCCUCCUUAUUUGUUUACCUCAGGAUCAAACAUCUGGAAUAGCUGUGGGAUUCUUUCUUCAUACAUAUAAAGAGAAUACUAUAACAUUAAUCUGAAAACAGUUCCCACCUGAUCCUGUUACAUUCAGAUCAUUUUUUAACAAUA